AUGAAUAAAGUAGUCGAAAGUAAUUUACCUGAAGAUAAUGAAUAUAAAGAAGAAUGUAUAUUUACAUCAAUUGAUAUUUUUAGUGGCCCAUAUAAUUAUUUAAAUUUUUAUUUCAUAUGUGAAAUACUAUUUAAUGAUUUUAGUUUUAUUUCUCCUUAUCACUGCUAUUUUUUUUUAAGAAAUCAAUUUGAUAAUCUAAAAGAUGUUGAAACUAAUUUUCUGAAAAAUACAAAUUGUAACACUUGUGAAAGUGAUCCUUUAAAUAUAAUAAAUGAAAAAAAGGCAAUUGAAUUAUUUCAAAAUGAAAAUGUAAUUUAUUAUUGUGAAAAUGAAAUGACAGAUUUAAAGAGAAAAGAAUUUGAGAAUAUUAUUGAUAUUAUAAAUAAAUUAACUAUACCUGAUUUAAUUGAGAUAUCUGUAUAUUUUAAUGAGAAUCCCAAUUGGUCAAAGAAUAAGUUGAUAUGGAUGGAUAUGAUACAAAGAGAUAAAUUUAGAAGAUACGAAAAAAUGAGAGAAAAUUUAAAAGAGACAGGUAAACGUGAAAUCAUUUAUAAGGUAAAUACUGAAGAAAUAGAAAGAAUGAAAAAUAAGAAGAUGAUAAAAGAUUUUUUAUUUUUUGGUGUUUAUGAAAAUAAAGGGCAAAAUAAUUUAGGUAGAAUUUAUAUGAAUAUACGAAAUGAUUUAUUAAAAAAUAAUGAAAUUUAUACAUGGCUUUUAACUAAUUGUAAUAUGCAAACAGAUGAAAAUUUACUAGCAGACAUAUUUAUUGAAGAAACAUAUUUAGAAAAAAAAUUAAUUGAUAGUAGUGUUAUAUAUAAUGAUAAACUAAUUGAAAAAACCAAAAAAGAGCUUUCAGGAAAUAUAAAUUAUACAAGUAAUUGCUAUUCAGUUGAGGAAAAAACAAAAAAAUAUUGCUUCGAAAAAAAGGAAUUUAUAUCAUUUGGUAAAAAUGAAAAAAAUGAUAUUAUUUGUUUGAAUCCGUCUAUUUCAAGAUUUCAUUGUGUAUUAUAUAUUUGUAAAGAUUAUCAUGUUUAUCUAAUAGAUGUUGGUUCUAAAUCUAAAACAAAAUUAAACGAUAAUGUUUGCGAAAUUCACAAAAAAUAUAAAAUUUCAAAUAAUGAUAUGAUUAGUCUAGGGGUAUCCAAGAGAACGUAUAAAAUAAACAUAAAUAUUGAAAAAGUUUUAUCAUAUUUAGAUAAAAAAAAAAGUGAAAUAAAUAAAAAAAUGAAAAUUAUAAAUGAAGAAAUUGAAAAUCCCUUAAAAUGUAAAAAUUUUUUAAAAUUAAAAGUUUCUAAUAUAUAUUACAAAUGCAAUGAAAACGAUAUCUUGGAUUUUUUUAAAAACUGUGGUCAAAUAAAAAAAAUACAAAUGUAUAAUGUGCAUUCUAAGAAUUAUUUUAAUAAUUCAAAAAAACCUAGAUUUUUAAAAGAAGCAUUAAUAGAAGUUUACGACAAAGAAACUUCUUCGAAAAUUAUGCAAAAUAAUGAAUGUUUUUUAUAUGGAAGAAAAAUUUACAUAACUUAUCAGCCUAUACAAAGUAAUGAUCAUGAUUCAACUUUUAAAAAAAAUCCAAAUUAUAGCAUUGAAAUAACAUGUAAAAAUAGUAAAUAUAAAGGAGAAAAAAUUAUCAUACCUAAUGAAAAAUAUAAUCAUAGUAAAAAUAAAAAUGAAAAAAUUUAUGAUGAAAAAAAUAAGGACAAAAAAAUAAAUAGAGAAAAGAGUCAGUAUAAAAAAUUUAGAAGUGAAAGAUAUUAUAAAAAUAAGAUAAAAAAUAAUAAAACAUAUAAAAAAAGAAGUGCAUCUAGGAAAACCUUAAACAGUGAAAAUGAAAGUAGAAGUGAAAGUAUGAGUAAAAGAGAAAGUGAAAGUAAAAGCGAAAAUGAAAUAAGUGAAAAAGAAAGUGAACAUUUUAUAAAUGUUCAAAAAUAUAAAAAAAAAUAUAUGGAUAAAAAAAAUCAAAACAUUAGUGUUAAUAAAAGAAAGGAAAAUAGAUAUUCAACCUCUAGUUCUCUUAGGACUUUUUAUAGUGAAAGUAGUAGCUCUUAUGAGAAAUGCAUAAAGAGCAAAAAAGAAAAACAAAAAAAAGGUAAAAAAUAUAAGAGAAAUAAUUCUGAAAGUAGAGAAAUAAAAAAGAGAAAAAAAGCUGAAAUCUCAUUUUAA